AUUCAAUGUGCUAUUUGACUAUAGCCUGAGUCGGUCUGUAGUGGUGAAUGGACUCAAGUUGUCCUUCCGAUAUACUGUGCACACUCGCAAUGAUCAUUGCUUGCAGGUACCAGUCCUCGCAAAUUGCCAAACAGGCGUUCGACCGAUGUGAACUUCUGGUAUUAAUAGACCAAUGGCCGCCGAUCAAUGACGGGCGCUAACAAACAUGUGUUUGUCCUUCCAACACUCGAUGAAUAAAGACAAUCCUGGGAAGAAGCGCUUCAAAGGGUGGCCGAAGCCAAGUCGUUCAACCCCUCAUUUGCCAGAGGAGAGGCCGACUGACCUCAUCUCUCCCGCCUUUGAGCAAUGGAUCUCGCAGACGAUCCCCAGGUCUCCCAACCCUGAACGCACGGGCACACGUUCCAGAGCACAGGAUAUCGAACCUGUACAGUCAACCGAGGAUCCUUCACUCAUCGCUUCCACUCCCGAACUGAAUACUGAGCAAUCUUCCAAUCCAGGCGUUGCAAAGGCCGAACAACCCGACCAGAAGUUUGUGAACGAAAGAAUCACCGAUGCCACGAACAUUUUUGCAGGCGUCGGGAAUGUCUCAGCAAUCGCCCAAAAUACCUCUUCAGCGGCCAACAACUUACAGUCUGUUUCCGAUACGGUCGACACAUUCUCCGUGUUGCUUGGACCCUUGAAGGUGUUCAACUCCUUUGCCAAUGGCAUUGUCGAUGUCCAUCCCUACGCGAAGGUGUCGUUGAGCAUUUUCACUUGCGCAUCGAAGAUGAUUCUCGAUCAGGCGGACCGCGAUGACGCUGUCUCCCGUCUGCUCUCAAAGAUCUCUGAAGUCUACACCUUCAUCACGGAAGAGGAGGAAUUGAGCCAAACACAGAUACACCCAUGCGAAGCUGUAGCACUCGAAUGCAAACAGGACUUGACAUUGGUAUUGGGCUGGAUUGUUUUGUUGAAUUGUCGCUGA